AUACCAUCGCACAGACUCUGUACGUUCUUUAUUGGCUAAAAAUUCGCGCUACUAAGAUAUUGUGAGUCCGCUGAAAUUUCCGUGGUAUUCUCGAGGUGACAGUGGCUCGUGUGAUCCGCAUUCAUCUCCAACGUAGCGUUGAUGCGUAACUUAAAAAUGGUUAAUCGAAUAACAAUUAACGAUUUCAGUUUUGAUAUUUGGCGAUACUCGAGCUCGUGAAUGGUGCUUCGCGUUGUUUUUCAUUGAUAACAUCGAACAAGUUGCUUCUUCAAUCUUCAUAGUAGAAAAAUGAUUCGAAAAUAGUUCAUCGAGCGCGGGAGUGGGCAAUCAACGAGGAUCAAUGGCGGUCGAUAUUUUAGACGAGGACCACUUCGCGGUGAGCGCGAUCGUCACCGUUGGCAUGCAAAUCAUCUUCUUCACGAUUGCGGCGACCUUUCAGCUGGACAAAUUAACGGAUUUUGCCGGUGGCACGAACUUCAUCAUCCUCGCCCUUCUCACUUUUUUUCUCGGCCAAGUGGGCAAGCCUUAUGACAGCAGGCAGCUUAUGGUCACCAUAUUCGUUUGCUUAUGGGGUAUUCGUCUUUCUGGAUAUCUGUUGUAUCGAAUUAUUAAAAUUGGUCGUGACAAGAGGUUUGAAGAUCGCCGCAGUAAUGUGAUUCGCUUCGCUAUAUUUUGGACAUUUCAGGCUAUAUGGGUUUAUGUAGUAAGUUUACCAGUGAUUAUCAUCAAUUCACCGCGGCAUAAAAUACCACCAGCUCCUAAAACUAUGACGACAUUAGAUAGCACUGGUACAGGGCUCUUUGUGACCGGUUUAUUAGCCGAAACAUAUGCCGAUUUACAGAAAUUCUCUUUCAAACAAGAUCCAAUAAAUAAUGGAAAGUGGUGCAAUGAUGGAUUAUGGCGACUCUCCAGACAUCCAAACUAUUUCGGGGAAAUAGUGGUAUGGUGGGGCAUUUUCACGAUAUCGUUAAACGUGAUUGAAGGCUUUGAAUGGAUCGCUAUAGCUUCCCCAAUCUUCACUACAAUUAUUAUCCUAUUUUUGUCUGGUAUGCCUCUAUUGGAAAGAGCUUCUGAUGAGAGGUAUCGCGAUAACGCCGAGUAUCGCUAUUACAAGCAAUCCACAUCGCCACUAAUUCCAAUGCCACCAUCCUUCUACGUCGAGGUGCCGUACUUCUUGAAAUGCCUCUUCUGUUGUGAGUUUCCGCUUUAUGACUCGUUGGACGUGAAACCACGAUCAGCCGUCACUGAAUCGACAUCGAUAAGUCUAGCUGCGUCCACGUAGCUAUAGUCACACGCCGGACGAUCAAAUUCAAAGUCCGGCGUGCAGUCGUCCACGGCUACCACAGCCUUUUGAGGAGGCUGUCAUGAUUCUUUGCAUUUUGCCGUUAGUACAGUUCUUUCAAAUUGUUUCGCUCGCUUGAGAGUGAUUGUUAAGAUAUUAUAUAUGAGAAUCCUUCAAUAGUAGAGUUUGAGACGAACUGGCCAAGUACCUAUUAUAUUUUUUAUGAUGUUAAUAUGUUGCAAUGGCACUUUUUAGAAUAUGCGAAUUGCAAAUAUUAAUGUUUCUUGUGAUAUGAGUUCAAAAAACGCAGAAAAUAUUGUUAGAUAAGAGAAUAAAGGUAAAAUGGAAUUAUGCGAUUAUGGAAUUAAUGUGUGUUACAAUAUUUUGCUAUAUAUCCUGUUAAAUGAAUUGAAAAAAUAAUUUCCUAAAUUUAAUUGUGAAUCUGAUUGAUUCAACAUCUUCAAAAGUUUGGAGAGUUAAAAAUCCUAGGAAGGAUGAUAUUAAGAGAUACUAAAGAACAUAAAAUAUUAAACCAAUAUUAAGAUCUUAAUUACACUACCUCGAACAUGGUACUCUAGAUCGAGUCCAUAAUGAUAUUUAGAUUAAUAUAUAUAAUCUUGAAAAUUAAUUAUAUCUAUGAAAAGAUAAAAAUAAAUAUGCGAUAAACUAUAGAGAUUUGAAGCUAUGUAGUUUCUGCUGAACUUCCUUUUGUUUUAUGAGAUAUUUGACAGUAAUUUAUUUCAAACAUUACGAAUAUGUAUAUUAAUUUCUUUAAAUGUUAGUCUUAUAUAAACAGAAAUUAUUUUUUUAGAAAAUAAAACAUUGGUUAUAUUUUAAUAACAAUUUUUAGAACAUGAUUAAAAUAUUUUUGAAUCAGUAGGGACCACAUGUAUAGCAAUAUUAGUUGCUUGCGUCUAUUUUUACAUAUCUAGAGAAUUUUCUGACUUUCAGAAAAUAACUUACUAUCAAAUUACACGAUUGAUAAAAAUAUUUUAAUGUAAUAAAAGGAGAGUUAAUAUCUAAAAGUUUGUGUUUUUAGUUUCUAAAGUUGAUUUGAUUAUUGCUUUUACAAACCUGUUAUUAAUCUUUAUAGACUAAGCAUUGUUGAAAAAAAAGUCGAUUAAAAGAAGUUUUAGGAAAAGUUAAACAGGAAAUAAAAAUUAAUGUGUAACCAUAAUCAAAUCUAAAAGAUUCGGAAAAUAAAAAGCUAUCUGCGUGGCAUUGAAUAAUUGUAUACAUCGUUAAUCGUAGCGUUAAAUUAUAGCAAUAUUAUACAUAUCUUGGUGCCGAGUAGGUCGUAAAAUAAAGCUUUAAUUAAUAAAAAGUAUUAUUAAGCUGUAUUCUUUUAAAGGCAAUCAACAGUAAAAUUUUCUCAAACUUGUAUGAUAAAAAUGAACGAGUUAUAUGUCUCAUUAAUUCAAAUAAUUUGGUACAAACAAAUUUAAAAAGAAUACAGCUACAGUUGAAAAUUAUGCCAAAUUAAAAGUAUUCUAUUGUAAACUAUCUUACAGAAUCGUUUCAAUCGUUCGUUGUUAUGUAAAUCUUCAGAUUUUAGAUAAUAAACAAGAAUUAGUCUAAUCAUA